AUGGCCUUCUCUGCUGCCUUCUGCCUUGCCGUUUCCAUUGCCUCUCAUUUGGCUGCCCGCUCCCUUUCUAGGAGUCUCGACCCUCGCCUCUCGACCAUUAUCCAUCCCCACUCUUUGAGGAAUGUCAUCUCAGAGAGAACUGUGUGGCCCCUUCCUUGUACUGCAUUUUUCUCUUCUGUUACAAUGAAGCUAGCCUCCGACUCUAACCUCAUUCAAGGCGUCAACUCUGAGAUCAAGUGCACACUGGAAUCUGAUGAUUAUGACAGGCAGGUGGAGGAGAUACCAGGUGGCUUUCCUUUUGAGAUCCAAGAUGAGAAGGGAAUGAACACUGUUACUCUGAAGAAAAACUAUCAUGGAGAGAGUAUCGAGGUCAUAGUUUCCAUGCCUAGCCUUGUCACUAGUGAGGAACCAGAUAAUGAACCUGACAACAAUGAUGAAGAUAGUGAUCAAUCGGAGAGACCUUGUCAAUCUAGCAUCCCACGCACCGUUGUCGUAUCUAAAGGAAAGGGGCUAAGUUUGGAGUUCUCGUGUGCUUCCUAUCCUGAUGAAGCUACCAUUGAUAGCAUGUCUGUCAGAGAAAACAAAGAAUCUGAUGAUGAGAUGCUUGGCUAUGAAGGACCUGAUUUCAGUGAUCUAGAUGAGAAUCUGCAAAAAUCCUUUCACAAGUAUCUAGAGAUAAGAGGAAUUUCCCCUUUGACAACCAAUUUCCUACAUGAGUACAUGAUAAAUAAAGACAACCAUGAUUAUUUGCUGUGGUUGAAGAAUUUGAAUCAGUUUAUCCAAAAAUGGUUCAGUGUAGGGAAAGAUGAUACUUGA